CGGAGACACGCGCGCGCGCGCGCACAGCGUGUGCGACGGAGGCACCUACGCACGUACAUGUAAAUACGUGCAUACGUGAAAUUGAAUUUGAAAAGACUGGGAGAAAAAGUUGGCGACGACGGUGAACGAACGGGAUUACGGGAUAUCCGCGUAAUCGACGCAUAUGCGUAUUCGUAUCGCUGGACGCUCGUGCGAAAAGGAUUAUGCCUGAUCAUCGACGAAGAAGCCUAGUGAUCGUGUUUGUUUCAAGGCGGCUCGUACCAGCAGCAGCAGCAGCAGCAGCAGCAUUACCGUAGCUGUAGCCGAUUAGAAUAUGGUUGCGAGUGUCGCGCGCAUCGCUGUCGACUCGUGUAGUUGUAGUGUUGUGCGUUGUGGCAAACGGACCAAGUGAAUCGGUGUUGGCCGUUUAUCCGGAACUCGGUGUUACGGUACGAAUCGCAUUAAUCUUUACGAAUGCACUCGAUCGUACGAUCCCGUUUACCAGCAACGGCGGUGGCGGUGGCAGCGGGACGAGCUAUGUGGAAUCGGAAUCGCGAUUGCCCGCUCUUUCAUAUUUUGGAUGACCACGACCGUACGGGUAUCGUACAUCUCCACUGAUGCGCAUCCCUGUGCGUUAAAAACGAUCGGCACCCUCGUCGGCCGAGCAAGGAUCUUUGAUACGUCUUUCGAUCUGUGGAUCUCUCGUAAUCGGAGCUGGUCUACGGAAGCCGAGGCUACUUUCGACUGGCGGACCCGACGGUAGCACGCGGCGAUUUACCACCGUGCCGUUUUUCUGCAACGCGACGACGCAUCGACACAGUUUUCAUUCUGACUCUGUUUCGUCCGCCCCCGGUUUGCCCGCCACACGACGGGUUAUGUUUCCGACUUUCAUCGGUAUCCUAGACAUUCAAUCGUGGUGGGAGGUGCCAAGUAUAGCACACUUCUGCUCAUUAUUUAGGGCCGCCUUCAAUCUUCUGGACUUUGAUAUCGAGGACCUGGAGGAAGCUCUGUUAACAGACGGUGGAAGCGAGGGGCGACUGGUACAGGAAUUGAUAGUCAGAUUGCUCGAAGGUUGCCUGCCGAACGACACGCGCAAUGACAUAUCUACUUUUAACUAUCAGAUGUUUCUCCGUAGACUGUUUCGAAAAAAGUGCCAGGAAUACAAAUGUGAGAAUCCUUUCAACACGGACGUAGAUUUCGAGCUACUACCGCUUCGUCAAAAAGUAGAAAUCUUACGCGCUCUCUGCGACUUCAGGCUUGACGCCGAAGACGUGGAGGAAUCGUUGAGUAAUUUGGACUCGGAUAGUCUGCGAGUCGAACCAUUAGGACAUGAUCGUAAGAAUUCUGCCUAUUGGUACUUUUACGGAACUCGAUUGUACAGGGAGGACUACAUUGAUACUUGUAACAGUGUCUCGCAAAAACAGAAUAGUAAGCCUAGGGAUAAAAAGCGUAAAAGACGACGAAACAGAUUGGCGAAGGAGGAAGAGGAGGAAGAGGAGGAGGAGGAGAAGGAAGGUUUAAUAGGCGACGACGUCGACGACGUCGACAAAGACGAAGGAAAGGAGAGGGUUUGGCAGGUCGUCUGUUUCACUCAGCAGGAUUGGAGUCGACUAGUUGAGAAAUUUCGUGAUUCGGAGUACGAUACCGAACGUAAGCUUUACCGUACUCUGUCCGAAGAUUUCAUGCCCGAAAUCCCGAAACUUUUCGAUUUAAAAGAGAAACAGCAGAGGCGAAAAUUAUUGCAACGCAAUAGUUCGCGCGUUCUACGAAGUCACGAACCCUCGACGGUGGCGGCGGCGGCGGCGGCGACGACGACGGCGCAGAUGGAAACGGUGAACAUGGUUAGAUCGAAGAUCAAAACUAAAACGAACAGAGGAAAUAAGAAGGGUAAAGGGCAAUCGCAAAGCGUACGAGACGUCGUUAAACAGGAGACACCGCCACCGUUGUUGACAUCGCUCACUUCACCGCUUCCGAUUCAAAAGAAAGGUAGACAGACGAACAAUUCGUUGGCUUCGGCCGUCGGCCAAAUCGUGAUCCACACCAGGGAUGAAACGGAGGUAUUAGAAAAAAAGAAAGGCGCCGGAGGUAACAGCGAUGGCCACUAUGUAUCCUCGAACUAUGGAUACAAGUACGGGUCUUACUCGUUUGGGAUCGAGGAGGAGGAACGCCGAGUCGGAAUGCAUAAGGUCCUCGAGAGUCUCAAGGAUCACGUGGAUGCCUGGCCGUUCGUCGAUCCCGUCGACGAAGAAUACGCCCCGAGGUAUUACAGCGUGGUACGAAAGCCUAUGGAUCUUGGUACGAUGGAAGAGAAACUCGAGAAUGGUUUAUAUAAAAAUUUAAACGAAUUCAAACGGGAUUUUCGACUGAUAGUAGAUAAUUGUAGACAAUACAAUGGUUCCGACAACGAGUACACAGAAAUGGCAUUCAACUUGAAGGAUGCUUUCGAUAAAGCUGUGAAUCGUUACUUGGAGUCGGAAGCGUCCAGCGACGAGGAUCCUUCGUCACCAAAGCCACUUCUUGCUACGCCCGUGUCUCCCUCUUGUCCGUCUCGCGUUUCUUCUCCCCAUCAGAACAGGAAACGUUCGAAAAAAUCUGCCAAGAGAAAUUCGAAGUCGCACAAGACGGAGACUAAAGCAAAGCCGAAAGUUAACGAGAAAAACGAUGAAGAAGAGAAACGGGGAAAGAACUAUAAACUUCCGAAAAAGAAAAAGUGUAAAAAGAAGAGUAAGAGGGCGAAGAACGAAGAGUCAGUGAACGAGGAGGAAGAAGAGGAGGAAGAACAAGAGGAGGAAGAGGAAGAAGAUGAUGAAGAGAAGGCGGCGGGCGAGGGUGAGGAUGAGGAGGAUGCAGAGGAGGCAGAAAGUAGAGAAGAAGACGAGACGCGAGAGAGCGAGGACGCCAUGUCCUCCGAGUCGAGCGUCGUCGUGACGUCGAAAAGGAGGAAAAAUUUCGAUGGGAAUAAUCUGUCGCCGAAAACCAAAAAGCUGUCGUCCAAAGAGCUGUCGGUGGAUAUUAAGAGGAAGAUAGAUAAAAAGGUAACGAAGGAAUAUCAGCGUCAUCGCCAAAAGAAACGAGAAACGGAUACAUACGUGCGACCGAUGAAAGAAAUGAAAGAGAAUAUGAAGCGAAAAGAAGAUUUCGAGGAGGAUCAUGAGCCGUUAUCAGUCGUCGCGAAAAGUAAAAGUAGGAAAAUCGAGAAGAAAAAGAAGGAGCUUGAGUCGAGCGAAGAAAUGUUAACGGCGGUGGACAACUCGAAAAAGAACAAAGUGAGAAGAAAGGAAUCUCGCGAAGAGGAAACGAUCGGUCCGGUGCUGGUGGAAGAGAACAAGAAGAGUUUGCGUGUCAAAGCGAAGAAGAGUCGGAAGAAAGAGAAAACGGCAUCGAGAGGCUUGUCCAAGUUCGAGACUGAUAAACCGGAGAAAAGUAGUGCGAAAUAUGCGAGAGAGAAAAAAUCGAAACGAAAGAACGAGGAACCGAGAAACGGGGAAAUAUCGAGUGAAAUAGAUUCAAAAGAUAUCGAUUUAGCGAACAAUUUCGAUUCGAAGGAAACGCGUACAUCUAAAAAAUGUGUUACCGCAUUUCUAGGUAACAAAGACAUAGAAUCGUUAGACGGUUUAAAGGAUAAAAUAAGCGAGAGACGACGGGAGGAGAAAUUACAAAACGAAAAAGACCGAAAGCAGAAAAAAAGUACGAGGAGCGAAUCCCAUCACAACAUGUAUUCGAAAAAAGUGCCUUCAAACGGUAGUACGUUUCCUGCCGACGGCGGCGAUAAAGCCACUGCGAAACGGGCGAAAUUAAGAAAGGGAAUGAGAGAAGGAAAAGUUCCUACCGCUCCGCAGGAGGAUGCACAAGGAGCGAAGGGUCGAAAUCGAGACCAACUGCCUCUCGUCGCCGAUGGUAAAAAAGUAAAACUAGUUCAUUCGAAGCAUGCUACCAAAGGAUUCGGGAAAGAGGAGAGCUCGAUACAAGCGUUGAACCAGGCAACAGAGCAAACGCUUCAUGACAUCAACAAAUGGUUAGAUGACGCGCCGAAGCUCUCCGAAUUCUCCUCGGGAAGUGAUUCGCCGAUAAUUCAUUCCACGUCCGUUGAAUCCGGCCGGACAGCGGGUCCGAGGACGGAAGCGUCGAGAAAACGACCGAGUUCGAUUAAAAUCUUCGGCCCUCACGGACCCAGCAGACCGAAAAAGAUCCAACGCACGAUAGACCGUUUACAACCCGGAAAGAGCAAAGGAAAUUUGUUGUUGAAAAAGCCGUUGAAUUUAUCGAACGCUAACAAUACCGAAGCGGCUAUGCAAUCGGGCAACGACACCGAUCAACCGAACAAAAGUACGAUCGAAGAACCAAAACUCAGUCUAGGUACCGUUUUGAAGAAUGUCGAUUCGAUACAAUUGAUUUGCAAGAGUUUGGUUUCCUCGCCUAAUCCUAAUUUUUCGAAUGACGACGAGGAGGAAGAGCGUAACGCUCUCACGGCAGCUUCACAGUCUAAUUCGAAAGAGGAUGGGAUCGGAACGGGUGUUGGUCCCAACACAAAUGCUGAUAUAGAGACCACGGCUGCGACGACGGUAACGAUGGCGGCGACUACAACGAUGGCGUCGGCGACAGCAACAACGACGACGACGACGACGAUGCAAUUACCCGAGGCGGCUUUAGAGGAGACGGGAGAUAAGAAGUUUGGCGGAAGGGAACAGGCACAAACAAAGCCACAAAAAACGGCGACACCGAACUUGAGUGCUUGGUUCAAAGCAUUCGGUGCACCGAAAUCGAAAAAGAAAGACGAUGAAUCCGAGGACGGCGCCGUAGCGGCGGCGGCAGCUACAAAGAAAGACGCGAACGAAUCGCAAGAAACGUUUUGCGAUAGACAAAGGAGAACGAGUACCGGUGGUAGCAGCGUUAGCGAAUCCGUGUCCAGUUUCUCCCAAGAGUCGUCGCCACCUGGACGGAGCGGUUCAGCUCGGUCUCCGCAGGGGCAGUCCGUGAUGGGUUCGGUUGAACCGCAGAUAAGGGGAGCCGGAUUUUAUCAAGAUGCUUUAUCGACGGGAAGCAGUCCUUACAACAGUCCCUAUUAUGCCACACCUCCGAGAUACAGUGCUCAGUUGCCGCCGACACCAUCGCCGCAAAAUCAUCCUCUGUCUCCGGCCUAUCCAUCCUCGUCUUACGAACAGCCACCUCUUUACUCUCAACUAUCGGCCCAACAACAGCAACAACCACAACCGCAACCGCCGCAACAUCAUCAAACGUUCCAGAAAUCUCCUCAAGAGAAUUCCGGGGAAACCUAUCAUCGAACUUCUCCCACUUUCGUCCAACAUUCUCCUCGAGACAAUUUUCCUCCUAAUUCGGCGCAAACCGAACCUUACGAUCGACAGUUGCGAUCUCCCAAUCAAAAUCAGUCCCCGGCUUAUACUCAGCAAUCUCCACAGCCUGUGCAACAACAGCAACAAGUUUAUCCUCAGCCAUCCCCUCAACCACCACCGUCGAAUUAUUCGCAACCGUCUCCUCAGCAACCGUCCACUCCCAAAUAUUCCGCGAUUCAAUUAUCCCCGCAGCAACAGAACGCUGCCAAUUAUCCUCACAAUCAGCCGUCUCCGCAACCUUCCAGUUACUCUCGAGCUUCGCCGCAGCCGUCUUCGCCUUACCCUCGAUCCUCUCCUCAACAGUUACCACCGCCGAAUUAUUCUCAAGUAUCUCCGCAACAACAAUAUUCUCGAGUUUCGCCUCGAACACCGACACCGAAUUAUUCUCCAAAGUCGCCGCAAACAUCGACUACAAAUUAUUCUCAACCGUCGCCUCGCGCGCUCUCAAAUUAUUCUCAGCGAUCGCCGCAACCGCCAUCCUCUGGUUACUCUCAGCCAUCGCCGCAAGCUCUCGCGAAUUACUCUCCUAACCGACCAUCGCCUAAAUCAUCACCUUCCGCGUAUUCGAUCUCGCAACAGCCUCGUUCCUCAAACUUUUCUCACCCCUCGCCCCAGCCCCAGACACAUUCCUCGCAUUCGCCCGGCUACGCGCAAUCCUCGCCUCAACCUCUCACGCCCGGCUAUUCCCAGCCAUCGCCGCAGCCUCGAAAUUAUUCUCAACCAUCGCCUCAACAGAUCCAAACAUUUUCGCAGACAUCUUCGCAACAGCCACCGCCCUCAUAUUCUCGGCUCUCGCCAAAUGCCCAGAACUCGGGUUAUUCUCAUUCUCAGCCAUCGCCUCAACAACAGUCCGUUAUUUACUCCAUACACUCGCCUCAGACGCCUCAACCGCAGAAUUAUUCUCAAUUAUCUCCACAGCAAGCGCCUACUCCGACGACGACCAACUAUUCUUCUCAGUCCUCGGCGUCACCCCGACAAUCCCGUAACUAUUCUCAACCUUCGCCAUCUCCUCAACAACAAUCGCACGGUUACUCACAACCGAUACCGUCGCCUCAGCAGCAUGCUCGAAAUUAUUCUCAACCGUCACCUCAGCAGCAGCAACAGCAACAGCAACAGCAACAGCAGCAGCAGCAGCUUAAGCCCGCGUGUACGUCGCAACCGCCAUCGCAAACCUCGGCACAGAAGAAUGGAACGAGCUACAGUUUGCAAUCGAAAGUCGAAUAUCCGCAGAACGCCUCGACGCCAUCGUCCACGUAUUCCCAUGGAUAUAAACAGAAUCCGUCUUACGUACAAUCACCGGUAGCUUCGUCGUUGAGCGAAACGGAGCACCGGACAGAGAAAUGUUUGGCCAAUGAACAGCAAAAGAAUUUCUCCGUACCAUCGGAGGCGGUGUCCUUGAAUUUAAACGCUAACCAUCAGAUCUAUCAAUCGCCCGAUCACUAUUCUUCCGCAUUCGUUAAUAAUUAUUCCAAUAUCGAUCUUCAGAGAUCCGAAUCGAGACAUGGGGAACAAGAACAACCGCAGCAGCAACCGCAACCGCAACAGCAGCAGCAACAACAACAACAACAAUCGCCCCAGGAACGAGCAGGAAAUUUUGCCGAUCUCGGAAAUUCCUUAAACCAGAGCCAGAAGUACGGCCAGCAACGGUCGUUUCUUGGUAAAACGACUGGUGGCAGCGGUGGCGGUAGUAGUGAACACCUGUCGGCUCAAGACCAAACGCAAAUUUUGGCGUUUCAACAGAAUUUGGCGGCGCACGAAUCUCUCUAUUCAAGCGGUUUCCAACCAUCUGGAUACCCGAUGCCAAACGCCAGAUCGAUGUACCCCAGCCCGCAUUAUUUCGAUACCGGUUCAAAGGCUGCCGUCGCCGGCGGAGCGACGAAUGGUUCGAGCAGCAAUUUGCCUCCGGUGAAGAAACGCAUCUACAACGAAUCGUCCGCGGAGUUGUCCCGCGGAUUAUCUCAAGAUAUCACGGCUAGAACCGGUCAAGACCAAUUCGGUUUCGAUCCGAUAAUGGCGUUACCGCAAUCAGAAGUUGUACCGGGUGGUCAGUUUGACGCAACGUUCGUCGGGAAUCUGGCUGACUCAGUGACGAAUUCGGCAGCCUAUGCUCGUCUAGGUUUAGGCUUAGUUAGUCGCGCGGGCAAAGAACAGCAACAGUUACUGACCAUUCCACGACCACCGGUGACGAAACCGGUGACGGCCGAACAUUUGGGGUACGCGCGCAGCCCGGCCACUUGCGCUGCGGACCUCGAUUUGAAUUUGCUUCAAAGCUUGCAAACGGCUGCCGCGAAGAACACGCAAUCUAUACUGUCGGUAUCGUCUCGGAGAGGUGGCGGUGACGCAUUGAUCGACACUGCGUCCGCGCCAGCACCCACGACAAAAACGAAAAAGAGCAGAAAGAGCAAGCAGCAGCAGCAGCAACAACAUCACCAGCAUCAGCAACAUCACCAGCAACAGCAGCAACAGCUGGAUCAACAGAAUGCAGUGAGUGUCUCGUCGGCUGUCAGUGCGGAACAGCAAUCUGUCGCUGGUAUACCAGUCGCUGGUUUUCCGCAAUACACGGGAACGUCGGCGGAUUCAAUCAGCCUGAAGAACGUCGCCAUGGUUCCGCCGCCGGCAUCGGCGCCGCCGCCACCGCCGACCGGUAGUGCCUUCAAUUUCGCCGGUUCCACAAGUACCACGACCAGCUCCCCUUUUUAUGACAAGGACGCGACCGCGGCGGCUUUCGCUUUUCUGAGCGAGGAGUUUCGAAAUCCGAACAGUUAUUACAGUAUGGCACUCAGACAGCAACAGCAGCAGCAUCAGCAGCAGCAGCAUCAACAGCAGCAACAGCAGCAGCAACAACAACAACAGCAGCAGCAGCAGCAGCAACAGCAAGUUUCACCUGCAUCGGACGCAGCGCAACAAGCUUGCAACAAACUGAGCAAUCAAACGCCUAGAAACUACCCGGCUCAUCCUUUUCUUCACACCGCUCAGAGAUCAGCAGCCUACGGUCCUCCGGUGUCUGCGUAUGUGACGCCACACGGGCCGAACUUGACCAUGGAUCCGACCGCUUACCAGCAGUAUAUUCAUUCCUUUUACGCUCUUCAACCGCCUCCCCAUCAUCAUCGACCGUCCUGGCUUUAGCCGUUAACAUCUUUGUAACGCUCCACAUUUCGGCGGUAGAUACCAUCGUCGUCUCACCAUGCGUAAUCUAGUGUGAAUAUUCUACCGGAAACGUACCACCGCACCGUGUAUGUUCCAUUUGAACGCACCGAUGCGAAACCAGAUGUUCCGAUCUUCGUAUUCCCGGUCGAUCUAUCGAACCUCGGCUCGACCCGCUUUACAUUUUUUUACCCGAAAACCGUGUUAAAUUUUCUCGUGAUUUUCAUAAUGGUAGGAUAAGCCUUCUAAUUGGAGUAUCCAGGGUUGUCUGUAGUGUAGAAUCGUCAAAGACGGUAUUUCAAACGAGACAAUGACUACUCGAUUUUUUCUUUUUAGUCGAUCCUGCUUGUAACUCCAAGUUCUUGUCAUCGGAUCGAGUCGAUGUAUAUACCUUAAUCUUUUACCGAUCUAUCGAUUUAUUAGUGUUUUCAUCGUACCCGACGUUUCAUUUUUGUUAACGAAAGACACUUGUUGCAGCUCCUUUCCGAAGAGCAGAAACAUUGGUAACGUGUAGAGGAAGGAAAUAGUUCCAAACACGGUACAUUAUUUGAGAUCGUAUGAGCGCGUUCACGGAUCGUGCAACUUGCAAACAUCUAACAGUAAGUUUCGAACGAUAUGAAACUUUUAUUUCUCUCUUCUUUUCUCCUUUUAUAAAAUACGACGGCAUAUUAUACCAUUUUACUCCAAUUGAUCGGGGAACAGAAGAUUUUUUUAAGCUCUCUCCGAAAAUCUAGUAAUCUACUGGUACAUACCGUGUAGUCACUGUAUACUAUGUACUUAGUACUUAUACCUACUUUGUACAUACAUACAUAAUGAAUACGCCUACUUCGCAUGAGACUUUCCGACUCUUGUUUUUUCAACAUCCUCCUUCUCUUCGCUUUUUUAUCUUUUAUUUUUUACUUUUUUACUUCUUGUGCGAAGGCAAAAUCGUGGGUCACUCGACAAUGCGUUUUUCUCGAAAAUGUUUCGUACGUGUUUUUCCUUCUUACUCUUCUCAUUUCUCGCGCACAACUGUAGUUACGACAGAUUCGAUGAAAAAACUAAAAAUAAAAAGACGAGAAAGGAGCUUACCCGCGUACGUAUGCUGGCGAUUUUCAAAGGAUUUUUGUGUACAUUGUAUAAUAUCGUUGCUGGCGCAUCUUGUGUAAUAUAGAUCCGUUAGUGUGUAAAAUAGAAGAUUCGCUUCUUUGUAUAUAAAAUACAUAUCCCCGACCCUUUCAUAGACGAUGUGCUCGAUGUAAAGAAAAGAUCUACAAUGUCAAAGACAUUCGUCGUAUGUAAACUCGUCCGCGGAUAGAUUAAAAGAGAGGAGAAAACAGAGAAUGCGAUCUAGAUUAAUAUAAAUAGGUAGGACUGUAGAACGUAGAGAAACGAGAGAAUAUACUGUACGAGUACAUGUAUGUAUGUAUGUAUGUAUGUAUGUAUGUAUGUAUGUAUGUAUGUAUCUACGCAUGUAUCUACGCUACGUGAUACGAUAUCUAUGCGUCCCUGCGUAAUCUAAUGGAUGAAAAUAAUAUGUAACAAAAAUCGAAACAAAUCGUGUGAUUCACGCGAUCAUACGUUAAUUCAUUUUGAUGUUACGAAAAUUAACAGAAACGGGAAAGCGAUAUAUUGAAACUUAUACUAUAAUAUUAUACAUACGUACUGUAAAUGUAUAUUGUAAAUGUAUCGAGAACAGAUUAAAGCACAGUUUGUUACAAAAUUCUUUUAGAUCCUUUCAGCGUAUAUAAGCAUAUGUAGCUACUUUUUCUAUUUGGGUUUAGGUGUAUUGUACGAAUCGUAUGCGAAAAUUGUCUUAAUGAUGAAACUUCGUAAAUCGAUCUCAGGAAAGGUGCGAUUGAUAAAUUUCCUCUAAAUAGAUAUGUAAGAUUUAAAUCGAGGAAUGCAUGAUUUCCUUUUUAUUCUUUUCGUAAUCUUAUGUAAAUAUUCGUGUAUGUAAUGCUAUUUUAUUCAUUGAGCUCUAUCCUAACUGCAGUGCGGACACCUGAAGGAAGAAGUAGCUGUAACAGUGUAGCGUUGAGCGCAACUGAUAUAAUGCAAUAAAACCUCCCGUUUUGCACCUC